AUAUUUUGCUUCUUCCGAGUUCUGAAGUUUAUAUUUAUUUAUGGUAUGGAGUCCGAUGGCCGAAUCGCCUCUAUUUUCUAUUAAGGAGGCAAAAAACACUAUUUAUAUUUUUCGUAAAUUCUGGAUUUACCUGUGGAUUUUCUGGAUUGUGCUUGUUGUGUUUCUUUUGUAUUACCUGAGUGGUCCACUCAAAAUCUCAGAUACACUUGCAAUGGCAACAAUGUUCCUGAGCACUUUGACUCCCAAGUUCUAUGUUGCACUUACUGGAACAUCUUCACUUAUUUCUGGACUGAUAUUGAUAUUUGAAUGGUGGUAUUUCCGAAAAUAUGGAACUUCUUUUAUUGAACAAGUAUCCCUUAAUCAUCUAAGUCCAUGGCUAGGGGGUGGUGAAUCUAAUAGCAGUGAGCCAUCUACUCCAAGCACCAACAACAAUACUCCUCAAGCUACUGUACCAGAAUGCAAGGUAUGGAGGAAUCCAUUGAAUCUCUUACGUGGAGGGGAAUAUCAGAGAUUUACUUCCAGUACUGGAAAGGAUCCCUUGACAUACUAUGAUAUGAACCUCUCUGCACAAGAUCAUCAGACGUACUUUACGUGUGAAGCUGAUGCCGGCAAGCAAGAUUAUGAGAUUAUGGCCACUGCCUGGAGGGAACGAAAUCCUGCUGCUAGAGUGAGUGCGGCCAAAGAGGCAUUAGUUCUUAAUCCAGAAUGCGCUCCAGCCCUUCUUUUGUUGGCAGAGGAAGAUGCUUCCUCUGUUUUUGAAGCAGAACAACUAUUAAAACAGGCUUUGAAAGCUGCCGAAGCAUCGUACCGUAAAUCUCAACAGAACCAACACCAAGGAUCCUUAGCAGAAGGAUUACACCGACGAGAUACUAAUGUAUUGAUAUGUGUAAAACGGCGCCUGGCCAUGUGUGCAAGGAAAUUAGGUAAAUUGAAGGAGGCUGUGAAAAUGUUUCGCGAUUUAACGAAGGAAGUUACACCUAUUCUCUCUAUGCUUAACAUUCAUGAGAAUCUUUUAGAGGCUCUCCUAGAAAUGCAAGCCUACGCUGACGUCCAGGCCGUCUUAGCGCGCUAUGAUGACAUUACACUACCGAAAAGUGCCACGAUAUGUUACACAGCAGCUUUGCUUAAAGCCAGAGCUGUGGCUGACAAGUUUUCUCCUGAUUUGGCUAGUAAACGAGGAUUAACCCCAUCGGAAAUGUCAGCUGUCGAAGCCAUACAUCGAGCUGUUGAGUUCAAUCCUCACGUACCAAAGUAUUUGUUAGAAACAAAGCCAUUGUGUUUGCCGCCCGAACACAUCCUUAAACGGGGGGACUCGGAAGCUGUGGCGUAUGCAUUUUUCCAUCUAUCCCAUUGGAAAAGAGUAGAAGGCGCACUGCAUUUGCUACACUGCACAUGGGAAGGAACUUUUCGCAUGAUCCCGUACCCAUUGGAGAAGGGUCAUCUGUUCUAUCCCUAUCCUAGCUGUACUGAAUGUGCCGAUAGGGAACUUCUUCCAGCUUUUCACGAAGUUAGUGUUUAUCCGAAAAAAGAGCUACCGUUCUUCAUACUUUUUACUGCCGGGCUGUGCUCUUUUACUGCUCUCUUAGCCCUUCUCACCCAUCAUUAUCCAGAACCGAUGGGAUACAUCGCUCGCACUGUCAUCAACGGGGUUUCGCUGCCAUUGCUCUAUGUUCUGGGAAAAUUGGAAGCUUUCUGUCCGUCGAGUCUCCUGCAGCAUUUGUCGCGUGUCUAAAUAUUGCAGAGAUCUCAACCGUUUGGCGACUGUUCGAAAAUCUUCUUGUUUCAAACCUCUUUUCUGUUUCACGGAGUACUUACAUUUUUCGCCCAACGCUACUAUCUACUUUUUUGUUGUUGUUUAUGUUCAUACGAGAGGGUACUCAACCCUCAUUAGCUUGGAAGCAAGAGAAUUAUUUUUCAUAUAUGUCCACGGGAAACAGUUGUAAUCUUCCUGUAAUGUUUUCAACCUGCUUUAUCGAGACACGUCAACUAACUUCUGUUUCUUUUGACCUUCAUACUUGACCUUUACUGCUCGUCCCUUUCUUUCAUCCGUUCAAAUCACGUAAAAUCAGUCAAACGAAAUUUUUGUUUUGAUUUCCUUGCACUUUUAGUACAUCACGUCUAUAUUCUUCCUUUGAUGCUUAUCUGGGUUUUCUGUUAGAUGUGAUGGGGUUUUUGGCAUUGCCAUCCGGUAUGAUGUCGAUUAGUAUAGUGCUUGCUAAACUGUGAACACUUCGAACUUUAAGGGCUCCUUGCAUCCGUGUUCUUUAUGGCGUACCGUUCUGUACAUUUGUGUUCAUGUAAAUGUGUCUCCUCGGUGUCAUUUUAAGGAUCAGUCGUUUCUGACUGCUGGUUCGGAAUAUAUCAAUUAACGCUA